CUGUAGCUGUGGAGGGAGAGGGGGGUGAUGUUUUUGGGGAGACUGUAUGAAGCUCUUGCAUUGAUAACCUGCAGCUCAGCCUCACUUGGUCUCACUUUGUGGCUGUCCCCAUCACCUGGAACGUCCUCCAGCCCGCUCUGUCUCCUUUCUGCUUCUCACUGCUGGACUGUCUGUGGCCGUACUCGGACCCCCUGCCUUUAGCUGUCAACAUGACACCCACCGUGCCGGUUUUCCUGAUGCUGCUGCUCGGCCUUAUGGGAGCUCAGGCCACCCUUGAUCAGCGCAUGGCACCAGGUCUGUGCACAACCCGUCCCACAGACCUCGUCUUCAUCAUAGACAGCAGUCGUAGCGUUCGCCCUUCAGAGUUUGAGCAAGUGAAGGUUUUUCUGAAAAACGUCAUCGACGGACUGAACGUUGGACCCAACGCUACCCGAGUUGGAGUGGUCAAUUACGCCAGCCGUGUCAAAAACGAGGUGUCUUUGAAGACUCAUCGUACCAAAGCUGCUCUGGUCAGGGCUGUGAGCAAGAUCGAGCCCCUUUCCACUGGAACGAUGACUGGGUUGGCCAUCCAGUUCGCCCUGAACGCGGCCUUCAGUGAGGCUGAGGGAGCUCGAGCCAAAUCUCCUGAUGUCAGCAAGGUUGCUAUCAUUGUGACAGACGGCCGUCCACAGGACAAUGUGAAGGAAGUUGCUCAGCGUGCACGUGAUGCAGGCAUUGAGACUUUUGCCAUUGGUGUCGGACGUGUGGACAUGACCACUCUAAAGCAGAUGGCCAGCGAGCCUCUGGAUGACCAUGUGGACUACGUAGAGAGCUACAGCGUCAUUGAGAAGCUCACCAAGAAGUUUCAGGAAGCCCUCUGUGUGUCAGACCUGUGUGCCACUGGGGAUCAUGACUGUCAGCAGGUAUGCAUCAGCACCCCAGGAUCAUACAAGUGUGCCUGCAAAGACGGCUUUAUCCUAAUGGACGAUGGUCGCACGUGCAGUGCUUGCAGAAAUGCUGCAAUAGACACAGUAUUUGUGAUUGAUGGCUCAAAAAGUGUGCGACCUGAGAACUUUGAAUUGGUCAAGAAGUGGAUAAACCAGAUCAUUGACAAACUGGAUGUCUCUGAUAGCAAGACUCAUGUUGGUCUUGUGCAGUACUCCAGCACUGUCAAAACGGAGUUUAUGCUGGGCCGAUACAACAACAAAAAAGACCUGAAAGAGGCUGUGAAAAAGAUGGACUACAUGGGGGGGGGAACCAUGACAGGCAUGGCUCUGGAUCAAACGGUAAAAAGUGUCUUUGCUCGGGGUGCCCGCCCUGGAGUGCAAAAGGUCGCCAUUGUUUUAACUGACGGACGAAGCCAGGACUAUAUCGGAGAAGCUGCUAAAAAGGCAAAGGACUAUGGUUUGAAGAUGUAUGCUGUUGGAGUGGGCAAUGCAUUGGAGAGUGAGCUGAAACAGAUUGCCUCUGAGCCAAUUGCAGAGCACUACUUCUACACAGCUGACUUUAAGGCUAUGAGCCAGAUCGCCAAGAAGCUACAAAUUAACAUCUGUAUUGAAGAAGACCCUUGCGAGUGCGACAGUCUCGUAAAGUUCCAGAAGAAUGUAGAGGAUGCCCUACAAGCACUAAACAAAAAAUUAGAAAAUAUGUCGAAGAGGAUUGCCUUGCUGGAGAACAAAAUUGUUUGAAGACACGCUUGCAACCCAUCUCUAUGGCUCUGCACACUCACCCUGUUGCAUUUAGUAAAAUACUCAAGUAUAUUAAUCCACAGCUCUGCUUGCACUCUGAACUCUCCAGAUCAUUCAAACCAACUCCUGCCUCCGACUCUCUCAAAUUUGUCCUCAACUCUCCUGGGACACAAACUUCCAAUUACCAUGGGGGACAUGCCUUUAUAUGUGCACGCUUUCUGUAGGUUGAUCUCCAAAGCCAGCCUGUGUGUUAGUAAAAGUCUUCCCUCAUAGGGAAUGGUGAUGGUCAACUAAAGUUUUUUUUGUAUUAUCUUUUUCACUAGCAGAAAUGAACUAUAUCAAGUCAAACGAUGCAGCUUCAUCACCUUUACUUCUCUGAUUUUAUUUUUGCUGUCAUUCUCCCCUCUACCUGCAUCUCUUUUCUUUCUAUUCAAAAGGUGGCUUUAUACAAAUACAGGUAAAUUAAUAUAAGUUUUAUGUCUGACUGUAAGAAUGCACCGGUGAUGUUUAUUUUGCUAAUAAAGGUGAUCCAGAAAUUUA